AGGGGCGGGCUCUGAUAGAAUUCUAGACAAAAUGGCGGAUGUUGUUGAUUUGCGGUAGGGUCAGUGAUAAUCGGAGUUCACCUUUUCACUGAUUUACUGCAAGACAUUAUACAGAAAUAAUAUAAGACAAGUCAUAAUCGUUGUAUGGUGAUCUGCAAUGAAAGGCAAAGAAAGGUCACCGAUUAAAAAGCGUUCUCGGGCUUUGGAUGAUAUCCGAGACAGGGGAGGAGGCCACCCGCCCAGCAAGAAAAUGAGGGCUAUCUCGGUUUCCAGUGGGAGUAAUAAUGGGAAUAGCUCGACUAAAAGUGACGGAGGAUCUACGAGAAGGAGUUUGUUGGGUGACAAGAGAGGCCGGGAUUUUGAUGGACAUGUAUCGAGUCGAACCGGUGGAAGUAACCAUAGCUAUCCCGUUGCUACUGCAACCUCUACCGGUAAGAACCACAACCUGGGUUUGACACUCGAUUUAGCCGCGGCAAGGACUAAUGCUCGCGGCGAGCGUGUUCCGCCUCCACCUAACAACAACGAGAGUGAGUACAAAACUCUCAAAAUCAGUGAACUGGGCACCCAGUUGAGCGAUGAAGACAUAGAAGAUGGACUUUUCCACGAAUUCAAAAAAUUCGGGGACGUGAGUGUCAAAAUAAGCCGCAGCAACGACGAGAGAAUUGCGUUUGUCAACUUCAGAAAGCCCGAGGAUGCCAGAGCUGCUAAACACGCACGGGGCAGGUUAGUACUUUAUGACCGACCUCUGAAAAUCGAUGCAGUGUACAUUAACAGGAGGAGAAGCCGUUCUCCAGUUGAACGAGUUGACAGAGACCCAUAUGUUGGAGCCCCAGGUCACAGACACUUACACACCCAGAGACCCCUCUCCCCAUCUGUGCUUGGAUACAGAGACUACAGACUACAGCAGCUGGCCCUUGGGCGCCUCCCUCCUCCCCCACCCCCUCCUUUGCCCAGAGACCUAGAGCGGGAGAGGGAGUUUGCCCUGUUUGAAGCCAGGGUGCGCCCAGGUCCAGCUUUCAUUGCAGAGAGAGCUUCUGCUUUCCGCGAUGAGGAUUUUAUCUCCCCAGAGGAUGACCAAAGAGCUAACAGAACGCUGUUUCUGGGCAACUUGGACAUCACUGUCACAGAGACAGACCUGAGACGGGCCUUCGACAGGUUUGGGUUGAUAACAGAGGUGGAUAUUAAGCCCACACGGGGACAGACCAGCACAUACGGGUUCCUCAAGUUUGAGAAUCUCGACAUGGCCCACCGCGCCAAACUCACCAUGUCUGGGAAGAUAGUGGGCCGUAACCCCAUAAAGAUUGGCUAUGGUAAGGCCACCCCCACCACACGCCUAUGGGUGGGUGGGCUCGGACCCUGGGUCCCCCUAGCAGCAUUGGCCAGAGAGUUUGACCGCUUUGGUACAAUAAGGACCAUUGACUACAGAAAGGGGGACACCUGGGCUUACAUACAGUACGAGAGCCUUGACGCUGCUCAGGCUGCGUGCACGCACAUGCGUGGCUUCCCUCUGGGGGGGCCCGAGAGGAGACUCAGGGUGGACUUUGCAGACACAGAGCACCACUACCAGCAGCAGUUCCUUCAGCCUCUUCCUCUACCCUCCUUCGACAUGGUGGCAGAGGCUUUCAUCCACCGCGCCAUAGCUGAGCCCCCGAGGGACAGGACUCCACCACUGCUCCACUUCAGAGAGAGAGAACUGGGUUUCCCCGGGGCCGAGUGGCCCCCCAUCCCGGCUAUGCGUGAGCGGGUACGUCCCGGGACCUUUGAGCCGCUGGAGCGGGACCGGCGGCCGGGAGGGAGGGAGCCCUGGUCUCUGGAGCGAGAGCUGGCGGGGCGCGGCUGCGACCCAAGACGGAAACGACACCUUAUGGAUGACGGUCGCCAUCUUGACGUCUCUCCUGACAGCACUGACCGCACGGCACGCCGACACCGAGGGGGUCCAACCCCAGAUGGUAGCCCCAACGGGGGCCGCUUCAGUGACUCAGAGCGUACCCCUCGUGGCGGUGACGACAGACCCUCCCCUGGACGAGACCGUCGCCUCAGUCUGGAGCAUCCUGGCGGGGGGGACAGGAGACUAAAGAGCCAGGGGAGUCUUGCCGAAAGAGGAGCCUCCAGCAGUGGCCUCUCAUCCUCAGCAGGGGAGCGGAAACGUAAAGCCGGCGACAGCAGCAGCAAAGGACCCGGAGCUAAGAGGGAUCGCUCUUCAGACCAGGGCGGCUCUAAAGGCAGUCAGUCAUCCAAGCUGAGCCUGGCCUGGCACGGCAUGCUCCUCCUGAAGAACAGCAACUUCCCCGCCAACAUGCACCUCCUGGAGGGUCACCAGGGCGUGGCCAAGGACCUCCUCGUCGACGGCCCCACUGGGAGACAGGUUGGGGAGCUCAAGAUCACCCAGCGUCUCCGCCUCGACCAGCCCAAGCUGGACGAGGUCUCCAGACGCAUCAAAGCGGCCGGCCCCGGCGGCUACGCCGUCCUCCUGGCGGUUCCCGGUUCCGGUGGCGAGGAGGUGUCGUCGACGGACCCUGCAGCUUCCACCCAGCGUCCUCUCCGCAAUCUGGUGUCCUACCUGAAACAGAAGCAGGCAGCUGGAGUCAUCAGCCUGCCCGUUGGAGGCAGCCGGGAUAAGGACCACCAGGGUGUUCUCCAUGCGUUCCCUCCCUGUGAGUUCUCACAGCAGUUCAUUGAUGCCUCGGCUAAAGCUCUGGCCAAAACCGACGAGGACUAUCUGGUGAUGGUCGUGGUGCGAGGGCCAUCAUAACUACAAUCAGAUAGAGGAAGCAAAACAUCAAUGAUAUUGUAAAAAAAAUAAGAAAAAAAACUACUAUUGCAUGCUGUGUGUUGAGUUCUGCCUCAUGGGGUGUUACUAGAGAGUAGGGUUAUGGGGAAGAUAGGCUAUGUCACUAUUUUUCCCACCAAAAUAAGUAUAAAAUGUCCCCCUGAAAGUCAACAAAUGUGUAAUUUUGGAACCCUGUUUUAUAAAGGGUGUGAUCAUUUCUAGCCAGUAUUUGCAGAAACAAUUCUGCUGGAAUAUUAUAAAAGGGGGACAUUCUAUAAAUAAAAUGAAAAAUCUACUGUAAUUUAAAAUGAGGUAUUAUAAUGGCCCCUUUUUUGUUUUCGUUUAGGAAAACUUGAA